AGUUUCUCUCUUGUAAAUUUGUCAUUUUUAUACAAAUCUGCAGUAUCAUCAACAAGUUUUAACUUUCCACCAUUUGGAAGGCGAUAAUUAUAAUCUCUCUCUCAUCGAAUCGAUUUUGUUUCUAACUUGUGCUUAAAGAUGUUGAAGUGCGUCUUAAAAACCUUUCUGUGCUUCGUCUUCCUCCAUAUUUUAGGAAGUAACGGCGUAGUUUGUGAACCCGACGUGUUGGUCCAAUCAAAUGGCGGCGGGACAGCCAGGCUCCAAUGCCGCUUUUUAACGACGUCUCUGCUUGGGGGGCGUGUUUCGUGGACGAAAGACGGUCGAGAGAAGAUCGUGAACGUAACGGACUGCGGCGCCGGUGACGCCAUAACUACAUGUCAGGUUCACCGGUCCUCUGGCGGGAAGUACACAGUAGAGGGUUCCAGGUCUGUUGGCGUUACUCUGAUAAUAUUGAACGUGGCACUCGAAGACGAUGGCGUGUAUGAUUGUAAGGCAGUUCUCGUGGACGGUAUCAUAGAAAAAAGCUUCAGACUCGCUGUCACAUAUGUACCCAAUGAAAUCGCCAUCACUGACGUCGUAAAAGCUGUGGAGGUUUCCAAUAUGAGCACACUCUACGCUGUCGUCGACCGUCCCUACGUCCUGAACUGCACCGUGCCAUCCCCUUGCAACCCGCCCGCCAACAUAACCUGGUCCUAUGGUGACGUCACUGCUGUCGUCUCUGAACAGGCCAAUCACAGUAGCGCUCGGGAUUCCCCUUUGAUGACGUCAUCGAAGUCCGUGGAGCUCACCGCAAGCGAGGAAAACACGGCGAAGACGAUUUCUUGCAUUGCAAUGCAUUAUGGGUUGGCGGCGCCCCUCCAGACGAAUGUUAUUUUAGAAGUAGGCAGGUUACCAGAUAGUCCUUUGAAUGCUGAGGACUGGAUAUCAUCCGUGACCGUUGACUCAUUUACCGUCACGUGGUCACAUAGGUCCUCAGGGGGGAAACCCCAAAGAUUCACCGUGACAUACUGCGAGGUCGUUAGACCCGAAGAGUGCUCGGAGAUUUCCCGGAUCGUACAGACUCGUACCAGGAUCGAGAAUCUUCGGCCAUUCACCCUCUACCGCGUCACAGUUAAGAGCCAUACCGUAUAUGGAUUCAGCGAAGACAACGAGUUCAUUGAAAGAUCAACAAUACCAAUGUCUCCUAAAGAACUAGGAGUUGAAGGUGUGUACAACAGCCAGCUCGGCCGGGCAGACAUCGUCCGAGUAACCAACAUCAGCGGCCCGGUUCCCGAUGGACUCUGCUUUCAGCUCGUCGACCAGGGCUUCGAACCCUCGGCUGAUGCAGCCGACGCAGCGGGCCAGGACUGCGUCAACGUGGGUCAGUACAUCGUUUGGCCGCAAGGAAAGUAUUGGACGCAGAUGGCGCUUGUAGCCUACGGGAACAGCGUGUUCAGCGCAACUUCAAAGAUGACUGGAAUGGAAGCAGGUAAUGAUCAGGGACGUUGCGAGGUCAUCUUAUGCUACGGUCACAAAGGAGUCGGUCUCCCAGUCAUCAUCGGGGCGUCUGUAGGAGGUUCGGUACUUCUCAUCAUAAUACUGGUCAUCAUAUACAUCAGAACAAAGGGUCGCUCUUCUGGAAAUGCUAGGGCAAAUCGACGACUUCCGGCCCAACCACAGCAGACCCGCCAGCAGCCUGGGCGUGGCCAAAACGUACCCGACGAUGAACCACCACCGACAUACAGCGGGGUCAAGUACCAAGAGGUGACAGACCCGACUAGAAGCGCCGGCCCUCUGGGGGAGCUCUACACCACGCAUCACUCCUACCACCAGGCUCAGGCUCCGCAGGAAGUAUCUGGUAUCCCGACGCCAGGCUACGGCAACGGACAGUACUAUAGCCGUAGCAUCACCAUGGACAAGAAGACCGCGGCGGCAGAGUUCAGCGACAGAUACGGUUACAUGGAUCCUAUUCCGUAGAUCCUUCCUUGGAACCACCCGGUCAUACCCUUGGUUACCCCGUCACCGUAUCUAGGCACCUACCCCCUGGACAACCACACUCGGAUAACCACCCCUUAGGAUAACCAC